AUGUCGUCGCAGGAGCCAAGUGCAAGUGACCAGGUUUGGAGGAGCAGAACACUCCCAUGGGCAUCGGAUUCACCGGAGAUGCCCUUCUCUUCCGAGGAGGAUGAGACAGCGCCAGAGUUCACGGCAUACAGAACUCGGAGAUUUGCGACAAGAGUAGUCUCGCCAACGGAUACGACUCGUGCCUGCAUAGCAUCGUCGGCGACAGUAUCAAACGUGUCUUCGAUGUAUUCGACCCCGGCGGAUGAACUAGUCGCGGAAGAAUUCAGUGCGAAAAAAUGCAAGUGUGCUGAGCUCGGCUUGACGUCUGAUGCUUCCAACCUGAACAAGCGAUACCUAGACCCCCGAAAUCCACCUCUUCCAGGCGUAGAUGCUCCUCCACCGUCACGAAUCCAAGAACCACGCGAUAGAAAUGUACAGUCUGUUUUCGUACUCCGAGGCCAACCUCCCGGAGCAGGAAUUGCGACCGUGGGCGGCAAGGAAUUGAAUGUUGCCUGCUUUACACUUCCGGAAUCCCUUACGUGUUAG